AUGACGGUGGGAAACGGGGAAGAACCGCAGAGGCCUGAUCCGAACCUAUUGGGCCCGGAAACCCCCUCUUUAGAUGCAAAUAACAGGCAAACAAGGAACGUCACAGUCACGAUACAGUAUGCAGUUUUGAAUGGUGGCAGACAGAAUGGUACUGGCGGAGAAAACAAUGAAACUGUGAGCAGAGUGCCGUUUGUGCUGAACUUUACCGAUGUGCCAUCUUCUGCCACGCAGGAACGGUUGGAACAGGUGGUAGCACUUGCUUCCAACCUUGCAAUCAACCGCCUGCACCACAGGUUUAACCGUCCUAAUGGUAUCUCAAGAGAAGCUUUUGAAAAACUACCUGUUCUCAGCUUGGACAAAGUUCCACAAGAGACGUGUAGUAUCUGCUACGACGAAUUCGUGGAAGAGGUGCAGCCGGAAGAGAUUGAUGCUGAAAAGGCGAAAAAGAGGUCUUUAGAAACAGAGGAUGGCGGAGCAGAACCAGGCAUUGCAAAAAGGCAGAGAACAGAGGAAGAGACAUCGUCUGAUCCAUCGCAUCCGACACAAUCUUCCGAGCAAACGUCUGCUCAAAAUGGAGGUCCCACAGAUACUGACGCCAAAGAUUCGUCGCCUGUCACGUAUAAACAUUCGCCAGUUCAACUCCCCUGUGGACACAUCUUUGGACGUGAAUGCAUAAGAGAAUGGACACAGGAACACAACACAUGUCCCGUAUGCCGGAGACCGAUCGUGGAUGCAGAUGGCCUUAACAGCCCACGUGCUAAUGAAGACGAGGAUAGUUUUCUGGAUCAGCAGACUCUAGAAAGAAUAAGGCUGCUUUUGUAUGGCCCGAUCGCAGCAGGCACAAGUGAGGCGGUUUCUUCGGGAGGAAACGCAAACAGACCAUCUGAUACCCCAGCAUUUGCUCCCGAAGCUGCCGGAAUGAACCUAGGGUCUAGAGCAGACGCUCUGAGCACCUUAGCAAAUUUCGUCGUUUUUAGGCCAAAUCGUGGCCCUGCAGCAAACAACACGGAAACAAACUCCAACGCGGCACAACCACCAGCGCCUAGUUCUGCCUCUCAUGUGGCAAAUGAAAACGCAACAUCACCUCUGAUUCUCAAUGGCGCCAGGCCGGGUGGUGUGAGCUUCAUGCCCAUCACCUUCAUUCAUCUUCGUGGAAGAUCUCUAUCUGGAGAGCAGAACGGCGCAGCAACAGCCAACAACGAUGCAUCUCGUACAAGUGACACAAACAUAUCUCAGGGGACUGCUAGCGACAGUACAUCUUCUGGCCCUCAGCAGAUCACGACUGACAACAGCCCAGAAACUAAUAGUUUUAUCGCCUCGCUAAACCAUGUCUUCAAUUUACACACCAGUGAAGCGCUGGGGGCCGCGACCCGUUCUGGCUCUUCGCCUUCCUCCAACGGCAAUGCUGUUGGCGUAGCUGACUCCGGCAAUAAUGGUGAUGACAACGGUUCUGCUGAGGCACAAGUUGCCGCAAGCCAACCAGACACCCAGCCCGAGACAAGCAACGGACAAACUGAAAACACCGAACGCCGUCGAGGUUUCAAUCUGAACAGUCUUUUAGGACUGGCCCGGAACUUCAGCAACUUUAAUUCCAGAAGAACUGCUCCCGAACAAAUGUUCAACACAGGUGUGGCUAGUCGUAGAACCGCUGACGGCAUCUCGACUGUUAAUUUCACUGGUGCCAUGCCAGUUCCAGAAGCUCAAUCUCAAGACCAUGACCCACCAGCUCACGACCAACCUGAAGAGCCCGAAGUUCAGCCAACUGUACCUGAGGCUGAAGACUCGUAA